CAGAGAUUACAUAUUUUCUCUCUCUGGGCUGGCCGCUGGGGCCUGGGAGUCUUAGGAUACAUUAGAUUUAGGGCUUUUGGAGCCAGUGUUAUCUGUUUGUGAAAACUCCCAGCUGAGAUCGAGAGUGGCAGACACUGCACAGGUAGCACGCAUCAUAGAUCAUUCAUGGCCGCUAAGCAAAGUUCUGCGGUGGCAAAGAAGGCCGAGGUUGGUCCGUCGACUGUUCUGGCCUACCUCGACACUCAUUACUGGGACGACAGGUUUUCAUCUGAGGAGCAUUACGAGUGGUUAAAGGACUAUUCUCAUUUCCGCCAUCUCAUUCAGGAGCAUGUGAAACCUAAUGCUUCUGUCUUGGAGGUUGGCUGUGGAAACUCCCAGUUGUGUGAAGAAUUAUACAAAGAUGGGAUUACUGAAAUAACAUGCAUUGAUAUCUCAGCCGUUGCUGUGGAGAAUAUGCAGAAACGUUUACUUGCCAAGGGAUUUAAAGACAUGAAAGUUCUGGAGGCUGACAUGCUGGAUCUGCCCUUUGGCAAUGAGUGCUUCGAUGUGGUUAUUGAAAAGGGAACCAUGGAUGUAUUGUUCGUGGACAGUGGUGACCCAUGGAACCCAAGACCCACAACUGUAACUAAAGUAUUGGCAAUGCUGCAAGGUGUUCAUAGGGUUCUGAAACCUAGUGGAAUUUUCAUCUCAAUUUCUUUUGGUCAGCCACACUUCAGGCGUCCUUUGUUUGAAGCUCCAGAGUUUACCUGGUCCAUCGAAUGGGAAACUUUUGGUGAUGGAUUCCACUAUUUCUUCUACAUCCUGAAGAAGGGGAAGAGAUCAACAGAUUGCGAAGGAUUGAACCAGAGAAUUGACAUGCCAUCUAUUUGUUUACUUCACGAGGAGUUAGAGAAUGAAGAUUUUAUUUUUCGAACAAAUGUUGAUGAGUGGGAUAGUUAGAUAUCGAUGUAACUUUUCAACACAGAUUAGACAAGCAGAAUUUUUUCUGGCUAACUGAAGCCAAGUUGUUUACAAUGUAUCAUUGUUGAGUUAAUUGAUUUUCUAGAUGUACUCUUGAAGAUAUUCUGACUUGGAUACACAUACUACAGCCAUUGUUUUCCAUUAGGCUGUACUUGUAUUAUUAUUAUUAGUUACUGAUUUUACUUUACCUGGUAA